GCUGCAGGUGUUUCAGUGAGAACAAACAAACUGCUCGUUCCUCUGCUGCAGAGCUCCAAACUCCAUCAGCUGAGCUGCUGUGGAGAAAAAAGCGCUUCGUUUACUCUGACAGGGACCUCCGCGGCCGCCGUACACAGGACGUGGAAACCAUGGUGCUGGAGAAGAAAGGCUCCGCUCGGGCGGAGGCCGGUCAGCGCAGAGUUUUGGAUGAAGCCACCAGACAGAGGAGGCUGAGCCGGCAGCUGGAGGCUCUGGAGAAGGACAACUUCCAGGACGACCCUCUGUCCUCCCUCCCUCCCCCAGGUCCUACUGCCCGCCUUCCUGCCUUCAGUGAGACUGAAGAACCAGAGAAGAAGAAGAGGAAGACGAGGGGCGACCACUUCAAGCAGCGUUUCAGGAAGAACUUCACCACGCUGCUGGAGGAGGAGAACCUGUCCGAGAAGCCGGAGCCCAACUACCUGUCGGCGGCGGCCCCGCCCUCCUCGCUGCCCCCGCGCCACUUCUGCUGCGUCUGCGGGUUCCCGUCGCACUACACCUGCACCACCUGUGGGGGGCGCUACUGCAGCAGCAAGUGUCUGUGCACACACAGAGAAACCAGGUGUUUGAAGUGGACGCUCUGACUGCCGCCUCUUGUUGCCACGGUGAUGGAGGAGGCGUGGCUCAUGACGCUGCAGCUGGGGCGGAGCUUGAACCGUUUGUGUCUCUGCUGGCUGCUCUGAGAGACACAGACUCACCUGUGCAGGUGGACAGGAGGACACACGAUCUGAUGUCACAGUGAUGUCACAGUGAUGUCACAGACCCACUGAGGGAUUUGGCUGCUUCUCAGUGUUUCUGUAUAUUUUCCUCUAAACUGUCAGUUUGCUGUUAGGAAACGAGGAGAAAUGUCGGCUUUGUUGCAUCAUCGUUUAGUCGAUAGAAGCAGAUUAACUGAAAUAUCGGUGACGUCCAGCUGAGCAGGUCAAUCCAGCUGUGGCUGCAUCUGCACAGAAACUUUAAGGUCUUCUUUGCACAUCAAAUAAAGCUUCAUUCAAAGUGUC